AAAACUUGCCGAGUGAACGCUUUUAUGAAGAUAACAUUAAAGUAGUAAAACAGUGAUACAUUUGAUAUGUAGACCUAAUGCUAAAAUGAACAUGCGAUAUCAAAAGUGGUUUUCUAGAAUUCAUUUAUUUGUAUUGUGGCAUAGCACAAACACAGCUGCCUAUAGAGGAGAUGAAACUACUCUUGCAGGACGACACUGUUUCAACCAAACAGGAAAUGAAAACCAAACAGAAUGUACUCUGUGUUUCUUUCCACAAAACUGUUUGGCCAACAACACAUGUAAAGAAGAAACCAAAGGGAAUACAUGUGAACAGUGCACUUUUAGUUUUGGAAGCAGUGCUAUGAACAAUUAUAGAUUAGGGAAUACCUGUAUUUCAUGUGAAGCUAUACCAGUGACCACCAUUGCAUUCGGAAUUUAUGUCAUACUUUUCAUAAUGGCAGUCAUUACCAAUGGCUUCAGUUGCUCUCUCUGUACAAAGCUCAAAGUUAUAUGCCAUUUUCUCCAGAUGCUGUACCUGACAUUUCUCAUCAAGCUCCAGUGGCCAGUGCUUAUUCAGAAAACAGUGAUGGGCCUGGCAUUUGUUACCUUCAAUUCCAAUAUCAUUCCACUUAAAUGUUUGAUUCCAUCUCUCUCUUUCCUAAGUAUCCACUACCUAGAGUGGACCAGCUCCUUCCUGAUUGUGGUCAUUAUUUUCCUCAUUACAGUCCUAGUGGACAGGAGUUUGGGUACUGCAAUUCAAAAGAAAACAAAUAAAGCCAGAAAACAGAAGAGAUGGCGUUAUCAAGUGACUUUCUUGAGGAUGGCGUUCUUUGUGGUAGUAGUGAUGUACAUGCCUGUAACUCUGUCUGUGGUCCAUAGUUCACUCUGCUCUGGGAUAAUUCCUGCUAAAGUUACACUAAAUGCAGAAAAAAAUGUAUUUUUCUACCUCCAAGAUGAAUCUUGUGACCAGAUUAUAUUCCAGAAUAUUCAGUUUUUCGGCACCAUUUUCCUGAUAUUCUACGUUCUACUCAUUCCGGUUCUAAUCGUCUUUAUAACACUGAGGCAGAAGAAGUGGAGUUUAUUGUCAGAAGUUAAUCAGCUGUACAGACCAUUAUAUGAGUCCUAUCACCCUCGCUGCUGCUUUUGGGAAGCAUUUCCGAUGAUCCGGAAACUGGUCAGCAUAGCGAUCACAGAUGUUUAUCCACUAAGUAUUUUUAUACAGUGCCUGAUUCAAUUGUCAACAACUGGUGUAUAUUUCAUUCACUAUUCUACUGAGGCCAUACAGACCAUUAUAUGA